ACCCAGGGAUGAAUGGUGAUCUGUCUAAUGACACACAGGACAGUACCACUAGUCAUGACUCAGAAGAUUUAAAUCAAGAUGGAGAUAGCGACUCUGAAAAGGCACUCAAUCUUGCUAUGGAUGAUGAUGAUGAACCUAUUGAUGCCACAGUCCAAGCCAAUAAAAAUCAGCGCAUGUCCAAUGGUCAGACAUUCACAUCAGCUGGUUCUACCACUCUAACUACCUCUCACCUGUCCACAGAAGUUCCGACUACUACACUCUCUCUCUCUCCAACUUCUGUCGUGACCACCACAACAGCAGCAGCUUUAGCAGCAGCAGCAGCUUCUGGACAGCUUUCCUUAAACCAGUUAAUGGUUGCUCCUGCACAACAGUCUAUGUUAAUGCAGGCGGGCUUGGCACAACAGCUUCAGAUGGGAAAGGGACUUCUAAUGCAGCAGUCCUUACAGAACCUACAACUUCAAGCAAACCAAGCUGCAGUCUCUCUUCCUCAGGGAGUACUGACUUCACAGGCAGCAGCUGUUGUUGCUGCCCAGCAACACUUCCAGCAACUCCAACAACAACAACAUCAUUCACAGUCUUCUCAACCACCGCAGCAGCAACAAUCCCAGAUCCUCCCAUCUCGAUCUUCACCUCAACCUAAAACUGCAUCUGUUGCCCCUCCUCAAGUCAAGGCCAGAGCAACUGAACCCAGUCCUGAAGAAAUUACAGACCUUGAAGAAUUAGAACAGUUUGCCAAGACCUUCAAACAAAGGCGAAUAAAACUGGGGUUUACUCAAGGUGAUGUUGGCCUUGCUAUGGGUAAGCUAUAUGGAAACGACUUCAGUCAGACAACCAUAUCCCGGUUUGAAGCACUCAACCUUAGCUUCAAAAAUAUGUGUAAGCUGAAACCACUUUUACAACGCUGGCUGGAUGAUGCUGAUGCAUCUCUUAGCAACCCAGCAUCUCUCACUAAUGCCAACACCUCACCAGAUGCUGUUGGGAAGAGGAGGAAGAAGAGAACCAGUAUUGAAACCAAUGUGCGGGUAGCACUAGAACAGGCAUUUAACCAAAUGCCCAAGCCAACAUCAGAGGAAAUUACUAUGCUUGCUGAAUCCCUGUGUAUGGAUAAGGAAGUAGUACGUGUGUGGUUCUGCAAUCGUCGCCAAAAACAGAAGAGGAUAAACCCACCAACUUCAAUGAUUGGUCCAUUUCCAACCAUAACUUCUUCUGUAACCCCUACAAACCUCUCUGUAGCUGUUGCUGCUGCUGCAUCACUUGGUGUAUCAUUAGACACCACUUCCCCAAGCUCUUCCCUUCCUGUGACAUCAACCGCAUCGUCUGUGAGCCGUGUUCGUGCUGCUCUUACACCCAUCAGUUCUGCUCAACCUGCUAAUUUGUUUUCUAUGACCCCUUCCAUUGCUCGAAAUAUGAUAAUGGCACACCCUAGCACCACAGUAUCACCUGCAAUCAAAACAGAAUAGACAAUGCUUAUUGUUUAGAUAAGAAAAAACAUCUUUCAGAUUGUUGGUUGUUUCAAGUGCGGAUAUUUCUCUUCAUGAGUAUUUGCCAUAUUAUAGUUCCUAGGGGGGGUGGUGGUUAUGGCAGAACCUCACCAGGAAAGAUUUUAAACGGGUACAUAUAAAUAUAUAUGAAUAUAUCAGAAAAGAGGGGUGGGAACUCCAUCAGUAGUGGACACCAGUAAACAACAAAGAUACCUCGAUUCAAGAUGAAUAGGGGUGGAAACUCCAUCAGUAGUGGACACCAGUGAACAACAAAGAUACCUCGAAUCAACAUAUAGAUGACAGUACUUCAAAACUAAAUACCUCAGUGUCAAACUGUGAAAGUACAGUUAAUAAAACUAGAGACAUACCUGAAUUCAGCUUUGACUCAGGGAACACAUUAUUUUAUUCAAGCUAAGCAGAUGGUUUACCUUAUAGCCAGCCUUUUAUACUUCAUGGAUUUACGGCUUUGAACUGUAAGCUGACACUGCAAUUUGAAAUAUACCACACUUACUUACACUUAUCUCUUAGUAGAGCCACAAACAAAAACUUUAAGUUUAUCUAUCCUCCUCAUUAUUGAAAGAAAUUCAAAUGAAAAUUGUUUUUUGCUAUUAGUACUUUGUACUUAGCAUUUUUAAUAAUUUGUUAUUUGUUGAUUUUGUUUUUAAUUUUCUUCCCCAAACUUUUACCAGUGCAAAAAUAGCUGUAAAAGGUCUAUCUAAAUCUUUAAAGUUGUUAUGUGUAUCAAAACAUAAUAUUUUUGUGAUUGUGGAAUAAUUUUCAAAUUCUUUGUUAUGGAUUUUUUGAAAACUAAGCUGGGCUUUAGGGGUUAGACCAUAAAUUUUGGGUAUACCUAUAUCAAUACUUAGUGUUUCCUUUGUGAGUUGUGUUGAUAUAGAAAUGGUAUGUUGUUAAAUUGUUGUUCAGUUACAGCUUAAACAUAAACGUUUCUUGUGAUUGUUUGUACAUAUUUCAUUAGUUGGGUGUGUAUUUUGAAUAAGGUGAUAGCUUUAAAAUGGUUUGAUUUUUAUAUAGCCUGAAAUUUCACAUAGUACUGUUGUAUAUCACAGGCAUUUAGUCUAUAAUUGUCGUGUGCACUUAAUCAAAUCAUCAUAUUACUGUUCAUCAUAUUUGUGUCCAUUUUAAUCUGUUUAUAUAUGAAGGAUUGUUAAUCAAAUGGAGCAGGUGUUAUAGGGUUUGUCCAGAGCAUGUUUGUGAUUAUCUUGUUCAGGUAAUUAACAAGCUCUAUAUUUUUGUCGUGGUAUUAUUUUUAUCCAACUAUGUUAUCUGAUCCAGCCUGAGAGCUAAAUGUGUUUUUCAUCAUUAUUACUAUCUCAGGGUUGAACUGUUAAUGUAGUAUUUUGAUUAUUGUUCCAUAUUGUAGGCAAGCUAUUAUCCUAGAUUGUUUGUUUUGUUAUAGUUCUGGUACAAGUGCUGACAGAGUUUUCUAUAAAGUAAACAACUAUAUAUGGAUUGUCGUUAAACAAAGAAAAGAACAAUUUCUGGUGGCAACAACUCUACAAAAAUCAUGUGACGAUACCUUAUUUAGUAACAAUAAUAAAAGCUCAAUAACUAAAUCAUUUGCAAAAGUCUGUGAAACUUAGUAUAAUAUUGGCAAUAUAUCAGUCAGGUUUCAGGGUUCUUUGGGUUAAAAUCUAUUUUUCAUAUUAGCUAUAAGACAACACUAGGUUCUCUGGUUAAUAAUACUUAUUGUUUUGAGUCUAAAGAAAAUGCCAUUGCAAGCAUUUUGGAGUGACCCACACAACCAACAGAAGCUACUGCUUUUUUUGCUUUAUAUCUAUAUAUAUAUAAAUGUGUCAUUGAAGUUAGUUAAGAUUAAAUAAUGUAUUUUGGCUAACUUUAAACAUUUAUGAAAAAUUUUGGUCACUUGUUUAAUCUUUAUUUCAAGUUAUUUGUGAAGUGUUUUUUUGAGUUGUUUUUUACCUUACUAAGCUGUUGGUGACAUUAGUUAACAGAAAUCAUUUGUCAUGUAGUCAGUUGUCUCUUAUAUGGUUAAAGAAGAAGAUUCCUAAAGUAUUGUACUUGUUUAUUAUCAAAUGUUACCUACUUAUAUGUAUGGUUUUAUUCAGAACGUUUAGACUUGUAUUACAAACUGGAGUCAAAAGCUGGUCACCAAACUUGCCAAUCUCCCAGUAGAAAUGAGUGGAUUGCUUUCUUGGUACUUAUAUAAAGCUUUAUUUGCAUGUGAAUGUUUUUGUUAACCAGUAUAUAUAAGAUUAAAGUUGUUUUAACCAGGGAGGGGUAACAAUAUCAGGGGUUUCAAGUGUCUUAAGGCCUUCCUUGUGGUGCUUGGUCAUGGUUCCUAAAGACAAGUCAGGUUGCAAAUCCCAGAACAUGUGGUUGGAGAAAUAUAUUCUAUUUUGGCGUAAAAAUUAUUUAAUCCCACAGUGUUUUUCUAGGAUUUGAUACCUGGCUGACUUGUACAUGUAAUACUUCUGUACAAGACACCAGUAAUAUUGAUUGGUACUUGUCAGGGUUGGGAAUAUGUUUUUUACUGCACCUCCUCUUCUCCUACACAAAGAGGGAUGAGUGGGCUGGGUAGUGGUGGUUUGAAAUGCACAGCUUAUGUUAGAGAUUUAAAAGUCUACCUCAAGCUUUUACAAAUCAAAAUUAGUGUAUCCUUCCUGCUUAAUCUUUUUGUGAUUGUGAUUUUUAUUAAAGUAUUGGUAUAACAUCUACAACUUGGUUAUGUGAUCAGGUUGUUAUGCAUGGCUGACAAGGUUUCCCUGAGCAGAUAUGACUUCUGUGUGUGUAUGUGUCUAUAAGUCAGUCUUGUCAUUUUCAGCUGCUUGUUGUUGUCAUUUCAUGCUGACUCAUUCAUCAUGUUUCUAUGUUGUUAUUGAAGUGAAAAAUAACACUUUUCACAUAAAAUAUCUUUAAAGACCAACUUCAAUUACACAAAGUGCUAAGUGUUGAAGAUAACUAAUGAAUGUAAAACCAUUUGAACUAUAUAUAUAUCUGUGUGUAUGUAUAGCUAGGCUUCACACACUGCUCUACAGAAUAGUUAAUACUCACUUACUAUAAGAAAAGAUUUUAAGUAUACCAUGUAGUUUUGUAAUAUAACAAUCUGUCUUCGUAUUCACUGGCACCAGCAGUAUUCUACCUCUCCUUCCCGUUCCAUGCAACUUUAGGGUUGUGAGGUAGUUGGGAGUUACACCUGGAGCCCACCCCAAACUACACCAUAUUCUGAAGUGCCAGGCUCUCCAUGUGUAGCACCUGACACCUACUCUAACCCUUCUAGAUGUUAGUGUAGUAAAAAGUUAGUUAAUGUCUGUACGAGAAUGUGUAUAUUUUUCUUAUCGUGGAUACAAAUAAAAUUGUACAGGAGUUUAGAGAAAGAGAAGUGAAUUUAAGCAAGUGAAAAUUGUGUUGACAGAUUCUUCAUUCUAUGUAUAUAUUUGUGGAGGAGAUAUCUUAAUAUUUGCCUGCCUGCUAAGACCCAUUUAGAUGUCGUGUUACAUAUUAGGGUCUUAGCCUAGCUUUUCAGGGUGAGGGGCUAUCUCCUUCACGUGGCAGGAAUACCCCAGCCAUCAAAUUCAGGGACUUUCUCAUUCCUUUUUUAUUUUGAAAUACAAGUAGGGUUUGUGUUUUCUGCCAACUAGAAAAUGUUUAGAAGUUUUAGAAAGGCAGCAUAACACCGCUCUUUGUUGUGUGUCCGUACUAUGAUUGAUAGUAUGUGUAAGAAGCAGUCGGCUUUAAACGCUUAUUGUAUGAUCACCUAGUCAGAGCCGGGAAAUUUUAAAAUCGACAUUUUUUUAAAGUUCUUAUUUGUUAGCUUUUUUUCAUCACUUUAUAGGUUUGAUAACAUUCUAACUGUUGGAGUGGAUAAUCUAGUAAAAGACAGCCCAUCAUAUGAACGGGAGGGAACAUUUUCUGUCACCAAUAUUUUCUAGGAGAAAAGCACAAGUUUUGACUUAUAUAAAAUGAACAUUUUGUUUUGUUUGUUUUCUGUAGACUGUGAAUUUGUCAUGAAUAAAAUCGUGUUUUGGUAAUAUCCAGAUAAACCCGAUGUCCCUGUAAUUGGGCUGUUAACAUCCUGUUGCUUUGUUAUGUUGAACUUGUAUGUGUUAAGGGCAAUAAACUGAAGGCAGGUUU